AUGUCGGUAAGUCCAGCUCACCCUGGUGUCAUCUCACGACUCUUCCGCUCACUACCAGUGCUGCGCAGCCGGAAGAAGACCAAGUGUACCGCCGAGAGGCCCAUCUGCUCUUAUUGCCAACGUUUGCGAAUUCAAUGCUUUUACUUGCCGAGAGCACGCGCUGAUGGCAAAGGACGAAAGACCAAUAACGUGGGUUAUGUCGAUUAUCCUGUCAGCGCUGGGCCCUCGGCUUACCACCAGCUCGAGGCUUGCCAUGGCGACACUCUCUCCUCCAUCGUACGACCUGACGAGUCCCAGUUGUCAGGCAUCCCACCGCAGCAGGAUUACCCGCAGGAUGAUUUCCAGUCUGGGGUCGAAUCCCGGAAAUUCUCGACAUCAAGGCCCGAACCGACUCCAGAGGCGCUCAAGCACUUUGUCGACGUCUAUCGUACCAAGCUACACCUUCAGCCUUUGCCUCUAUUCAAUGUCCAAGGCCUUGAGGAACAGUUAGCAACCGGGCCGCAAUUUCUUCUAUGGAGCUUCAUGGCGCUCACGAUGAUGUUUUCUACUCAUCCAUUCUACGAGGGCCAAGAAUCAGCUGCAGUCGACUUCUACACUUGUACGGCAGAGGAAAGGAUUAAGAGCCUAGCUUCCGAAGGGGUUCUAAUACCAGAGCUCACAAAAUCCCUGUGUCUUAUUGCACUGAAGCAUCUCAAAACCCAACAGCUGGCGCGGGCCUGGAUGACUACCGGCACUGCUUCACGAUUGGAGGCUUUACGGAUCCUCUCCUGCGAUGCCACCUCUGCUUCUACGGACGACUCAAUUUCUAGAGCUCAUUGGAGUACCUUUAUGCUGGAACGGCUUUUCGUACCCUGGACAACCGACCUCUCUGGCCCCGGAGUUCCUGACUUUCCCGUCAGUGCCCCAACACCACCCCCGCCUUCAUUUGUCACCGUGAAUGCCACGCCAGGCCGGACACAAUCAGGAGAAGCCCCAACAAGGAACGUUCUCAGCAGUGAUCCUGGUAUCAUCGGAGUUCACUUGCGUCUAGUUGGCAUCUGGGGCAAGCUCAAGUUGUACUUGUUCCGCUUACGGCAGGGUGCGACCGAGAAGCCAUGGGCUCCAGAGUCAAUACAAUCACAGCUGAACAUUGAGCUACUCGAGCACGAGGCCCUGAUCGACUCGAAAUAUUUCCUUUGCAAAGCUUUUUUACCCAACCGAACGAUAGCGGAGGUGUCUCGACAUCGCGAGUACUGGGAUCCGUUCAUGGCGAGCCAGAUCAUUUGGCAUUCCAUUCACGCUAUCCUGAACCACCCUUUUAUCCAUUUGUUCUUAUUGAGGUCUCCCAAGGAGGUCCCACCGUCGUGUCUCUUUCUCCAGCAGAAGGUGGACAUGGCAUUAUUUCACACGGGCUGGCUGUUUCGGGUCCUUCAGUCGUUCAUGGACCUGAUGGACGUGGUUGAUCCAAUGGUCACUGAGUUCGUAGCUGCGGCCGCAACUGUACCGUGGCUGUUCCAGUUCUCGAAUGAUGCAAAGAUCGCCCAAAGGGCACGGGACGAUUUGCAGAAGUGCGAUACUUUUCUCAGUCAUGCAGCCGUCACUUGGCCCCAUUUCGCUCAAAAGCUCGGCACAUUGCGGCAAUUGCAGGCUCUAGCUGACGAGAACCGCAGACAACACUCGAAUGAUGGCACAACGAUCAGCUUUCAACCUGCCUGGCUAUGGGACCUCUUGGAUCCGAGGAUUUAUUCCUCCUUGACAGGCUCACCGCAUCCAAGUUCAGAGCUAGCCUCGCGCAAUCUUGACUCGAAGAUGUACCUCAAGAGCCACUUCGUCAUGCCCUUACAUGAGGAUCAGGACUCCGGCCAGGACAAUCAGCCAGCAAGUUCUGCCAUUGACGCCGUUGACUCUCUGUUCGCUAUGCCUGGGGACCUUGAGCUUUUCAACAUUGAGUCGCUAUCACAUGACUGUCUCCAAAACGGGCUCUGGGACCAAGGUUACUAG